CUGUCCUGCAGGAAGGUAUGCAACCUACUUGGGGUUGGGGUUUGUUUUUUUUUUUUUUCUUGGUUGUGUGUGGGUUUGUUUUUUUUUCCUUUUGGCAGACGUCCUUGAGCAUUUGAGACGGAUGUGAGAGAGUUUUUAGUCCUCAUGCAAAACAACCAACUAAACAUAACAGAUUACAUCAGCUCAGGCUUUUCAAUUCCUGGAUGGCAGCAGAGUGCUAAUCCAACCUUCAUCCUGGAUUUCAUAAACUGAAACAAGGGAGGCUGGCAGGAGCAGCGCUGCCGGAUUGAGGAAGCUGACGACGGUGCAGCAUGUGGGCAACACACUGUAUAAAGCUCAUAAACUUGUAGGCUGAUGUGUGCAGCUACCACUUUGGAUUCUGUACUGCUGCUUCCCUCGGCACAAGGCACCAGCAGGCUGAGCAUUAAAGCCUGCUCUUUGGGACGGAGCAUUUACCCCUGCAAGACAUGAAGGGCUUCCUGUUUCUCACACUCCUUCUGAUGCCCGUGCACGCUGGAACUGCUUGGAGUGCGAAAUAUGCAGUAGAUUGUCCCGAGCCCUGUGACAGUAACGCAUGCAAAAGUACCUUGCGCUGUAAGCGAACGGUGCUGGAUGACUGUGGCUGUUGCAGAGUGUGUGCAGCUGCUCUGGGGGAGACUUGCUAUCGUACGGUCUCGGGUAUGGAUGGUGUCAAGUGUGGUCCUGGGCUGAAGUGCCAGUUUUACACUGAGGAGGAUGACUUUGGUGAUGAAUUUGGUAUCUGCAAAGAGUGUCCCUAUGGUACCUAUGGAAUGGAAUGCAGGAAAACCUGCAACUGUCCCUCUGGCAUCUGUGACAGAGUAACCGGGAAGUGUUUGAAGUUCCCAUUUUUUCAACUGUCUGCUUCAAAGCCUCCAAAUCGGCGAAAAAUAGUUUCACACACAGAGAACGACAUGGCAUCAGGGGAUGGCAAUUCUGUAAAAGAGGAAUUCGUUAAGGAGAAAGCUAUUCAUUCUCCAGUAAUGAAAUGGCUAAAUCCUCGCUGAUAUUUAGUUACACUCAUAAGACUUUCAAGUGAAUGUGUUUCUCACAGAUUAUUGAAUAUGCAACAACACACUUUAAGAACAAAGUAGAUCUAUAGCAUAUGAAAAUGUAACCUCUGAAGGCCAAUUGUGAUUCUGUUUUUCAUGAGAAAAAUGUUUACUUAAAAAUAGACUGUACAGUGUAUAUGAUUUUUGAUAUUUGUUUUGAUAAGUAUUUGAACAGAGAAAUGUAUUGUGGAUUCCUGAAUGUACAGUAAUAUUAAAAAACCAACACGAUUCAACCCUCCUCAUUUAAAUAAUGUCAGAGGUUGACUCUUGCAGCCCGAGGCCAGGAAAGCUCUCACUGAAUUCAGUGGACAGUUUGGGUGAGUGAAACUAUUGGUGUGGAGCCAACAUGAAAGAAAUGCACAUCAACAAAUCCCAGGAUAGAAAGCAACACCCCUGAAUCACAAUAAUAAUAAUAAUAACAUAUGAGCACAACAGUGUGAAUUAAAUAAACCAACGUUAGUCAUUAGUCAUCUUCUGGUUUUUGGAAUUUUGGUGACAAUUCUGCAGAGACAAAUAUGCCCUUCUUCAGGGAGAAAACACCCAGCAUUUCAGUCUAUACAUUGACAAUAACUUAGCCAAGACACCACAGACAUAAAUUGUGUUAAGGUGGAUUUCUAAAGUUAAGUUCUGUGCAGAGAAACAGCAGCUUGGUAAAUUAUACAGAUUUGUAGGGGGGGACCUAAAAUGAAAGAAGAUGCUUCGCA